CCUUACCGCUGCUGCUCCGGCUCACUCUCCACAGAGCGCCUCAAAAUGGCGGCAGCUUCUUCCAUCCAGCCGCCGGACCCGCUCGCCCUCAGCCAGCGCAGCUCGCCGUGCCCUCGCUCCGAGAGCCCCGAGAGCCGGCAGGAGGAGGACGCGGCGGCCGAGGGCACCAUCCUGCGGGACCUGCCCGACCUGGAGCCGGAGGAGAUCGAGAAGAGGCUGGAGAAAACUCGCCGGGAGCUGAGCAACAGGAGGAAGAUCCUCAUCAAGAACCUGCCACAGGACGCGACCAGCCAGGAGGUCCAUGAAAUUCUGCGAGAGUAUGAGCUCAAGUACUGCUUUGUGGACCGGAACAAAGGAACAGCCUUUGUAACACUCCUAAACGGUGACCAGGCGCAAGAUGCCAUCCGUUCACUGCACCAAACGUCAGUCCGUGGCCGUGACAUCACCGUCCAGCUGCAGCCCACUGACUCGCUGCUGUGUGUCACCAACCUGCCUCACACCUUCACCGCCACACAGUUCCAGGAGCUGGUGCGGUCCUAUGGGAACAUCGAGCGCUGCUUUCUGGUCUACAGUGAGCUGACGGGCCACUCCAAAGGCUAUGGGUUUGUGGAGUACAUGAAGAAGGACUCUGCCUCUAGGGCUCGGUCAGAACUGCUGGGCAAAGUGCAAGGUGACCGCACGCUCAUGGUGCAGUGGACCGACGUCAACCAGCUGACCACUGCCGAACAUCUCCACUCCAAGUGCCUGUGUGUGGACCGGCUGCCUGCUGAUUUUGACGACUCAGAGGAGCUGGCGCACAUCUUUUCUGUACGCUACAAGCCUGUCUUCUGCCAGCUGGCACAGGAUGAGAGCAGUCCAGUGCGGGGGUUUGCGGUGGUGGAGUAUGAAACAGCAGAGCAGGCAGAGGCCAUGCUGCUGGAGAUGGACCGACACAUCAUCCAGGGCCACGAGAUCCGCCUCUCUCUGUGCAGCCCAGGAACAGCCGGCCGGAGCACACUUGCUGCACUCAUCGCUGCUCAAGGAGUGAUGCUGAGCAAUAAAAAGGGUUUACUGCCUGAGCCAAAUCUGGCUCAGCUCCUCAACAGCAUGACCAAUCCAGCUGCCCUUCAGGUGCUUAUGAGACCAUACCACGCUGGCAAACGAGGAGGGAAGUUUCGUCCUCACGCUGUUCCCUUUCUCCGGCCGCCACUGACAGCAGCGCUGCUUCAACUCGGAAAAGCACAGCAGAAUGCCAUGCUGGGGAACGGACUGGUUCUGCAGAACCUUCUCCACAUGCAGAUGGCCCAACAGCAACUUCUACACAUUAAGGACAAGCACAUUACUAAUAUUCCCAGUCUUUUAGGUGACCCCUCCCGGUUACUUCUCCAUAAAAUUCUUGGUCUGCGUGCGCCAGCUCCGGUGCCUGUGGCGAAGGGGCUGCUGGGAGAUUCCCCCACUGAGUUGGGUCAGGAGUCCACUCCUAUUACAUCCCAGGCCGGAGGCUCCAUAGCGGGGGCGAUGAGUUACACCCCAGGCCGCUCUCACACCAGCUCGGGCACUGAGCAGAAUGGCAUCCCAGCCACCUCUGCUGCCCCAGACAAGCAGCCUGCACCUCCAGGAACCACAGGGGCCUCUGCUAACGCUCACGCUCAGCUACACAGCUUCUUUCCUGGGUUAACCAGAGCAGGCCUGGGGCCCUUAUUGGGGAACACAGCUCACAAAGCUCCGCUCAACCCUCACAGUACUUCACCAGAGACUAGUGCUCCAGUUACAACUCAACCCAGCUGUCAGAUGUCUCUGCUGGGAGAACCACCCAAAGAGGUGAAACUUCCCUCCAAUCCCUACUUAAACCUGGCUAGUGUACUGCCUGGAGUGGUACUGCAAGCCCCCAGCAGCAGCAAUGGUAAAGGUCAGGCAGUUCAGGCAGUCAGUGGAACCUACAACUCAGUCCUGCCUACAGCUUCACUCUCAAGCACUCAGUACAGCACUGAGAGCAACACAUCAGAGUACGCGCACCAGUACACUCAGCAAUACUCACAGGAGGCCAUGCAGCAGUGGUACCAACAUUACCAGACACAAAGCUACAGCAACAGUGGCCAAGAGACUGCUACAGCUAGCGAAUACAGCAAGGAACAGCCUCAGGCUGUAGUAACAUCCUCAUAUGGAGACUACACUACCUAUAUGCAGGCUGUCAGUCAGUACUAUUCACAGACUCAGAUGAAUCAGGCUGCUGCACAAGCCUACCAGCAGAGAGACCUCAGCAAGGAGCUGGAGGUAGUAAAGCCCCCCCUGGCUGCCCCUCUGUCUCUGAAUGGCACUGCCCAAACCGUGCUGCCCGCCUACAGUGCCCUGCCAAUCAUGCCUGGCUUCAUCACCCCCACACAUGCUCACACACACACACCCAGCCCUGUCACACACACGCACAGUGCGCACACAGUGACAGACUGGAACCAGUAUUACUAUAGCCAGGCGCGAGGACAGAAGCGUGAAUACCCUGCGCUGCCCGUACAGGAGGUGCCAUCGGAGGGGCCAUACAUUGGCCAGCAUUCUCAGGGCCUUGGUGGCCAGUAUGCUGACUACUUCAAAAAGAAGAGAAUUUAGAGAAUAUACGCACACUCGCACUCUCACAUACAUGGAAGCACACAAUUUUCUUGACUACAUUGUCGUUGUCAUGUCCAAGCCUUAAGUCUAAACUCUGCCCUCGAUAGCUGAGACUGAACAUGUUUAGUGUGUGAAAGUUUGUGUUCUCUCUGCAAGGUCUGAAUGUGCUCAGACCUGUUUAUUCCUGGCUUUAAAGCCCGGCUGUUUCUCUGAAUGUGGCACACUUUGUGCUGUGUAAUGGAAGGCACUGUGCUUUUGACAUUCUUCUCUCCUGCCAUUUCUUCUGAUUGCCUCUGUGUCCUUCUCUCUCUCGCUCUCUCUCUCCCAGGCAGGGUACUUUUCCACUCCAGGGGAAUAUGUGUGUGUGUGUGUGUGUGUAUGUUUUCUUUGUAAGUGGUUAAGGGCUGUAAAAAACAGAACUAUACUCAGAGAAUUAUAAUCAUUUUAAAUAGAUUUUGCUUUAAAGAGUGGACUGUAGAAUGUAGAUUAAUCUGUAACAAUCUUUAAUGUACAAAUAUUCUGUAAAUAUGUGAACUUCACUCUGAGUGGUUUCAUUAAAGAUAUUUUCCAGCAAGUUUCAGUUAACCUCUGUCUGCAGUAUCUGUCAUGCAGUCGACUAGCACAGACAAUAAUUUUGACGUGCUUUGGGCCUGUGGCCAUUGAUGGUUUACUGAGUUACCACAGCAACAGCUUCCUGUAAUAAUAAACACUAAUUUAUCACUGGUUUAACUUGUAAUAAGAUGUGAUAACGCCACACUUAUUAUACAGUAUGAGAUACAAGACGGCUGUUGAGCUGCACUGGUUAAACACUCUCUGUGCUGCAUCCUGGUGUAAUGCUUGUACACAAAUGUCCAGUUUUGGAGUGUUUCUAUUGGUCCAUUCAACUUGAUAUUUUCACAUAAUGUAAACAACAGCUGGAGUUCUCAAUUCAUUCAAAAAAGAAAAGAAAAGUGGUGAUAGCUUUUGUUUCAACAGUGAAAAAAUACUAUUGAAGUGUACCUUUUCGUUAGUUUAUUUCACAAAGAUCACAUCAAAUCACACUAAAAAUGAGUUAUUAUGUCAGCUGUGUUACAUGCUGUUGUUAUUGUUAUUAAUAAUACUGUAAAAUAACCUUUGUGGAAAUAAAGAGUAAAGCUAAAAACCCAGCCCUCCACAUCCCGCCAGUUUAACACCUUUUUCUUGUGCUUGGAAAAGAACAGAACAUAUUGACUCAAACAGUUAUAAUGAAAGCCAGUGAGCUGCUUUUCUGUUCUUUUUCUAAGCACAGGUAAAGACAUGAAAUUGACUGCCUGUGGUAAUCGACUGUAUGCUAUAGGAGCAGCAGAUAACUUGAAACAUGCUGGAAACAUACUUUUCCUUUAACACAAGGGCCAAAUAGACAACCCUGUUUACACACGUAUACACAAUGCCCUGUUAACACGGAGUAACCCUCACUUACAAAGAUGUGUAAAUGUACAUUUUGUAUGUAUGUGUGUGAGUGUGUAUGUAUAGCUCUGUACAUAGUGCUGUAACUGUAGGAAAGAUCAGCCAUUCUACUGCAGGAGCCUUAAGGCAGAAUGAGUCUGUUAACUAAUGCACUUAGCCACUCAGACUGGCCAUAGCAAAGGCUAAAGGCAAUAAUGUGUAAUGGGUCGUCUUCUCUCUACUGAUGGACACACUCUGUGGUCACUCUUUUCAGGUCCGAGUGGAUGUGUAGGCCACUCGUCUCCCUGAAAACUGUUGUUCUAGGGAAGAUAACAUUUUUCAUCUCUUUGAGGUGGAAAUCUGAAAAUCUUUAGGAAGAUGUACUCAGUGCAACUCAUCUGCCAUUCUUUUACUCAGCAAUAGUAAUAUUGCUCAUUGUACCAAUUGACCUGCCUGUGCUCCGCCCACAAAUACCGUCUUUUCUAGCAACAGUUAACAAAGCUUCACAGAAUGUUGGCAAAAGUGCAAUUCAACCUAAUGCACAAUUAUAGUGCAGAGUGAUUAUUACAUGUAAGAUUAUCCGCUUGCAUUGGGUAGACAAAGAAAAAUAAGAAGGGAAAAAACAGGUGUUUCCAAAAGUGUUUUAAAAAACAUUUAAUGUUAUAGAGAAAAUGAGAAUCCUAACAAUCCUAAAGACCUGGACCAAUAGAUAAACAGUACUUAACCCUUUAAUGUCCUCACCAAGAAAAAAAGGAAUUUUAUUUUUUGUAUUUUUCAUUUGUUUGGGCAAUAAUAAAAACCACUGGUGUUUUUAUUAUUGCCCAAAGCUGAAAAGAAAUGAGUCUGUAGUGAAGGCAAAGAGUGGAUGCACUAAUUGCUGAAAAAUUAGAUUUAGUCGUUGAGGCUUCUGUGUAAUUUCUUUUUAAAAAUUGUACUUAAUUGACUGGGAAUGAAAUAAUUGAAGGUGGUUUUUGACUUCUGCGCAGCACUGAACGCAUGUGAAAGAUCACACUAUUAGGACUGAUCAGAUGCUGUUUGUUGUAUCACGUAAUUUCCAGUCGAAUCAGAUGCUACUACACUAUCCAGCUUGGUUAACCUCGAUGUUACAUAGCCAUUCUAAACAGCGAUGGAUUGAAUGUGAUUUUUCAACAUUGUGUAAAGCUCAUUCUUGCACCAGUCGCUAUGAAAGGGGGCCUUUUGUGGGUAAAGCAUUGACCGGUCAAUUCUAAUAACAAUGCAAUGCUGCUGGAAGGAUGUAAUGCGUGUAAUGGGUCAGUGUGGUCCUGCAGAUUAACAGUAAUCUGUGGAGCUGGAAUGCUGGAACGCAGUUUCCAUUUGAACACCCUGCCAGUAAUAAUCUCAGCACAAUGCCACUAUAUGGCUAUUAGUGCUCUGUUAUUGUGUACUUUACUUGCUCUCCCUCUAAUCCCUUAAUGGUCUGUUUAAGGCAGUAUUUGUGUGGCAUUACUGUAUCAUAUGACUGUACUAAUAAUACGCAGAAUGGGACUAAGUGCUUAUUAUAUUUACCAUUGCUUCUUUAGGGGAAGCAUUCUAAUCAAAGUGUUUUUUUGUUUGUAUUUUUUUGUAAAUGGUAUUUAACCGUGUGUUUGAACGGCUCAAAGCCAUAGCUCUUCUCGUGUGUAUAGCUUACUGGCUGGAUACAGUCCACCGGUAGACCAGUAGAUUGUCUUUGAAAGGCGACGCUCAGAAGCGACUGUGGUUUCUGUUUCUUUGUCGUUGUACAGCGUGUACAGGCUGUGUUUCUUGCUUUAUUCAGCCACUUAUAAAUAAUAAGGCUGUGUGCGCGUGUGCAUGUACGUGUGUGCGUUUUGCUUUCUACUCUACUCAGUGAUUGUAUCAGACUAGCUCAGCUUCCUUUGCCCACUCUGAAAGCCAUUCUCUUUGGUAUGUGUGAGAGAAGCAGUGCAGUUCAGAUCAGUGUAAUAUUGCACCAUCGCAAGUUCUAAGAGCCAGGCUGAAGGAUUAUAGCAGUGCUGAGGCCUGCCAGGGAUGAUUGCACAGACUCUACUCAUUAUGGACGUUAAGAGAGCUCCAAGAAGAGUGUGUGUGAGUGUACGUGUGUGUUUGUAUGUGCGUCAUAGUGACUGUCACAGCUAACCAGGGAUCACUUCUUUUCAGGGGUGUAUAGGGGAUACUGAGUUAGUAUGUAGCUCUCUACACCCUUAUAAUGAAAUACCAUGAGUGUCACUCCACGCCAGCUCACUUAGGGACCGUCCCGGAUUCCCAUGACAAUCAAGCAAUAACAACUCAUGCAACCAGGCAGAAUCUGUGCUCCUCUUGGUUACUUGGUUGUGAUUUUUUGAAGUUCAGGCUCUGAACUGUCUUUUAAAUAAUCAGCUUAAGUGCUUCUAGAAUGACUGAAGCGAUAUAUUAACUGGGUGUACAUGAAGGGAUUCAUUCCAAAAUAUAGACCGCUUUUCUCUUUUUAUGGGAGUGGAUUUUACACAUACAAGAAAUAUUAAUGCAAUAUUAUGAUUAAUACCACCUUUAUUAGGGAAAUACAAACAUCAUUUUCUAUUCUACGUCAGCUAUUAUUUCUAUUUUAUACAAUAUACAGGAUUUUGGAAUGCAGCACUUAAAUGCAACGCACAAAAUGAUAUUUUACUUUAAAUAAUACAUUUCAGCAGGUUCAUUUAUUGGGUGAUGUGCUUUUUAUGUGCAGUAUUUCAUCUUUGAAAUCUGCCUUUUUGGCUCUGUAUUUUCACAAAAGGGACAGAUUCUAUUCCUAAUCUUAUGUUAUUCAAGCUUUUUCCUAAAUAAGAACAGCUUUGUUCAUAACCAGUUAGUACAAUUAAAAAUAGAAUAGACUGGAUUUCUAGAUUCUUCUUCUUCUUUCGGCUGCUCCCUUUAGGGGUCGCCACAGCGGAUCGUCUGCCUCCAUCUUGCCCUAUCCACUGCCUCCUCUACUUUCACACCAACCAUCUCCAUGUCCUCCUUCACUACAUCCAUAAACCUUCUCUGAGGUCUACCUCUUCUCCUUCUAACUGGAUUUCUAGAUUAAUCUUCAUAAUCAGAAACUCUGUAAACCUUUUCUGAUUUUCGGUAAUAUAUUCCUGUUUUUUCAUCCUGUUUUGCCAAUAAAAUGGGAAUUUUUCAUUUCUAACUCACAAUGUAGCUUCAAGUAUUACAUGCAGAAAUAAAUCCUUCAUAGGUUUAAUAGAAAAGUGGAAAUUUUGCCUACAAUCUCAAAUUUACAAAAAAACCUGGCAUUACCUGACAAACCUGAUAUCACAUUUCAGAAAUGAAAUGCAGCAUAAUCGGAAAUACAAAACUACUUCCAAUAAAUUAGCCUGUUAUGGGAAUUUAUUCAAAUGAAGCCAGGUGAUUUAAAAUGAAAUUGUUAGUGUUGUAUUCAUACCCAGUUAAUAUUUCAAUUUAGUCAUUCUGUAAGCAGUUCAUUUCAACAUGAGAUGUAAUUUGCAGUGUGGAGUAAACUUAAAAAAUCAUAACUAAAAAAGUAAUAGUUGGAUUACAGCAUUGAAUUUUUCAUGGUUUCAUGUGUUAAAUUUAACUUCUUGCUUGAAUGUUGUUUAUGGCAAUCCAUGACGUCACCAGACAAACCCUGAGGUCCUGUAGGAAAGAAAAAAACAAAACGGAGAUCUUUACGUCCUUAAUGUCUCUGUAGUUUCUUCUAGGAGACUUUUGCUGAAGUCUACUGCUCCUCAGAUGUUUCUCCUGAACAAAAAGACCUCAGUAAUCUCACUUCUUCUCUUCGGUUUUAGUAGAGAUCUCAAUAAAAGUAUCACGUUGUGCUCAGAAUAGGCAAGAUAACGCCCGUCUUUGUCUGCAGCUCUAAUCUCUACUUCUCAUAUCUCCUUGUCUAUUUCUCCUUAGGAGAAUCACCGUUAAGUCUCCUGAGCCAUGAAAGAGCAGUAUUUAAGCAAUACAAAUGUCCUCUUGGUGAGCUGGCAUGGAAUGAUGUUAUAUUGCUAGAUACUGCAAUAUAAUGCAUGUUGUCAAUGUAAUGAUAAAACCUCAUAUCUCCAGAAUGGCACCUUCACAGAAGGAAAAAAAACAUUCUUAAUUUUGAAUUGAAGUUAAAGGAAGAGUUUUUUUCCCAAGUGAUUGGUCUGCAUUAUUUUGACCAAAAUGAUUAGUCUUGCAGUUGAUCCAAAAACACCCACUGAAAUUCCUCUGGAACAUGUCAGGUGAGUCAGGAUUCUCUGGACAGACAGAUUAGACAGGUGAGCGUCUCAUUUGUAUAUUGCAGUCUUCUGUGAUAUCAGUACUGGAGAGGCUGAUAGUGGGAUGACAAUCAGUACACAGCAGGUUUUACAGCCCUGCUGUUAAGAAGUCUAGCCUGAUGUACUGUAUGGAUUUUGGCUGCUCAUCUGCUUCCCCAUGUUCAGCUCAGUGUUUUUCCUCCAUGUCUCCAGUGGUCAGACAGGUUUCCAACACUAACACUGCUGAUCCCCCCUCGGCAGGGAUUACUAAAGCACAGUUACAGUUACCUCUGUCCAGCCUUGCCGACUUACCUGUUGCGGUUACUGGUCUUUAACAGUGCGUCCACAAGUGGCUCUUACAAUGGGUCACUAUUAUUAGCACAAGACUUGAGUGUUUCACGGUUUGUCUCCCAGCUUAAUUAUUCCAGGUGAGUGAUUUGAGUUUGUUGACUAGUGGGUGAGGGCAGUUCUGUGGUGCCUCUUCUCUCUGUUGCUACCAUGGUAAUGUGUUUUGUUAAUUGUUAACAUCAUCCUGCCUUCAUAAUUUUGAAACCGAGUCAGAAAAAACGAAUAUACCUAAUUCAGUAAGUGCACAGAUCAUUGAGAUGAGUGAGUUAAGAACAGGAUGACUGCCUUGACCUCUGAAUGCCGUUAUAACGUGUGUAAUUGCUUGUAUCGCGAUGCUUUGCAAUACUGAAGUGUUUCUUCAUGACUUAGAAAGCACAUGUUCACCUGUCUGAAGGUGCAGGGGAAUCAACGCUUUUUUUGCUCUGUAGACAUUUUUGCUACUUGUUUUUCAUUUUAAAGUUUGUACAUUUUUUUCUGACCUGGAAUUCAGAUUUGCAAUAUUUUAUAUCCAAACUAUAUUGAUAUUGCUUUCUGUGAAUAAGCUAUUUUUAGGUACAGUGGAAUUAAAGCAUGCCUUUACCCUUGUGUAAAAAAAAAAACACUUUUCCUAUUUAGUAGGUCUUGUUUCAGAGCUCCAGGCUUUUUUUGAGUUUUAAA